CAGGGUAUAUCCCCAUGUCCUAAAAAGAUCGAAGCGAUCAAGUCUCUAAAACCUCCAGCGAAUGUUUCUGAACUUCGUAGCUAUUUAGGAAUGAUAACAUAUUGCGGCAGAUUUAUUCAAGAUCUUGCAACACUGACUGCCCCAUUACGUAAACUUACAAAGAAGGACAUAAAAUACGAAUGGAAAGAAUCACAACAACGUGCGUUUGAUACAUUACAAGAAAGAUUGAACGAAAAACCACUUUAUCAUACUUUGACCCUUCAAAAGACACCAAGCUCAUUGUAG